GUAGCAUGCAAUGUCGUAUUUAUUUUUCUUGGCAACGUUCUAAAAAUCGACAAGUAAAUGGAAACAUAGAGAUAGCAUAAAUACAGAUAGAGGGCUCUUUUCAUUAAAGGAAGGGAAAUAUUUUCAGGAGGUGCCGGUUGUAAAAUUAGGAGUCUUGUCUGUCGGGACUAUAGUUUAGAGAGGGAAGUUGAGUGUAAGAGGACUUUUUCCUGAGGGAGGAGUUGCAGAAACACUCCUUAUUUGGAGAACGCCUGGUCACAUGGGGGCAGAAUCUAAGCGAUAGAGAUGAGAGAGACGUAACAGGAGAGAACACAUCGAACUGUGCCUUGAGAUGUUGAGCGGGACUAAGGACGUUGAUUUUCUCAGGCUAGAGUCAAUGCAGUGAGGGGAUAAAAUGCCCACCAACUUCACUGUGGUCCCUGUGGAGGAUGGCGUGGCCGGGAAGUCAAGUCUCGAACUUGUGUUUAGGGAGGAAGAUAUUACUCCACGACGACCCUAUUCAGGAGAUAACACUCCCAGAGAGAGCAGCCCUUUCAUCAACAACACUGACCAUGACCGAGGAAACUACUACGAUGGCAAGAACAUGGCUCUCUUUGAGGAAGAGAUUGAGAGCAACCCCAUGGUGUCCUCUCUCCUCAACAAGUUGGCCAACUACACCAACCUCACCCAGGGCGUCACUGAGCACGAGGAAUAUGAGAAUGAGGAUGGGGUCACAAAGAUUGCAGUCAAGAGUUCUCAGAUGGGCACCUUCAUCGGUGUGUACCUGCCCUGCAUGCAGAACAUCCUCGGAGUCAUCCUCUUCCUGCGUCUCACCUGGAUUGUUGGCACCGCUGGAAUCAUGGAGUCCUUCGCUAUUGUCGUCAUGUGCUGCACCUGUACCAUGCUGACAGCGAUAUCAAUGAGCGCUAUUGCAACAAAUGGUGUAGUGCCAGCUGGAGGCUCCUACUACAUGAUCUCCAGGUCUUUGGGUCCAGAGUUUGGUGGGGCUGUGGGCUUGUGCUUCUACCUGGGCACCACAUUCGCUGGGUCCAUGUACAUUCUGGGUACCAUUGAAAUCCUACUGACGUACAUCGUGCCGAACACUGCAGUGUUUGUGGCGGAGAAGAAGGAGGACGAGACGGAGGCCAUGCUGAAUAACAUGCGUGUGUAUGGGACCUGCUGUCUGGCACUUAUGGCUCUAGUGGUGUUUGUGGGGGUCAAAUAUGUCAACAAGCUGGCCCUGGUCUUCCUGGCCUGUGUGGUGCUCUCCAUCAUGGCCAUCUACGCUGGAGUCAUCAAGACCGUCAUAGAACCACCCAACUAUCCAAUCUGUCUCCUGGGGAACCGUUCCUUGCAGAACCACAACUUUGAGAAGUGUAUGAAGACUGAGGUGAUCAAGAACGUGACGUACACCACCGAGCUGUGGAAGCUGUUCUGUGACAGCCCCCACCUCAACGCUACCUGUGAUGAAUAUUUUACCCUGAACAACUUGACUGAGAUCCAGGGCAUCCCAGGCCUGCUCAGCGGGGUCAUCAAAGACAACAUGUGGGGUGAGUACGGGCCCAGUGGGAUGUUGGUAGAGAAGAAGAAUCAGUCUUCUGUCCCAGUCCAGGAUAACUCCAGAGAUAUCUACAAGCCUUACAUCUUCAACGACAUCUCCACUUUCUUCACUCUGCUGGUGGGAAUCUACUUCCCCUCUGUCACAGGAAUCAUGGCGGGCUCCAACAGAUCUGGAGACCUGAGAGAUGCCCAGAGAUCAAUUCCCAUUGGCACCAUCCUGGCCAUAGCAACCACUUCUUUUAUUUACAUGACCUGUGUGGUCCUAUUUGGUGCCUGUAUCGAGGGUGUCGUUUUGAGAGACAAAUUUGGGAACUCGGUUAACAAGAACUUGGUGAUUGGAACUCUGGCAUGGCCUUCUCCGUGGGUAAUCGUGAUUGGCUCCUUCUUCUCCUGCUGUGGUGCAGGGCUGCAGAGCCUCACCGGCGCCCCUCGCCUGCUGCAGGCCAUAGCACGCGAUGGGAUCGUCCCCUUUCUGCAGGUGUUUGGUCAUGGUAAAGCCAAUGGGGAACCUACCUGGGCCCUCUUGAUGACUGUUGGUAUCUGUGAGAUUGGAAUCCUCAUUGCAUCACUGGAUGCUGUUGCCCCCAUUCUCUCAAUGUUUUUCCUGAUGUGUUACCUGUUUGUCAACCUAGCCUGUGCCGUCCAGACACUGCUACGCACUCCCAACUGGAGGCCCAGGUUUAAGUUUUACCACUGGACUCUGUCAUUCCUGGGGAUGAGUCUCUGUCUCUCCCUCAUGUUCAUCUCCUCCUGGUACUAUGCCCUGGUAGCCAUGUCCAUUGCAGGAUGCAUCUAUAAGUACAUUGAGUACAGAGGGGCAGAGAAGGAGUGGGGAGACGGGAUCAGAGGGCUGUCCCUGAACGCUGCUCGCUACGCUCUGAUCCGCCUGGAGGAGGUGCCAACACACACUAAGAACUGGAGGCCUCAGCUACUGGUGCUACUGAAGUUGGAUUCAGACCUGGGGGUGAAACACCCUCGUCUGCUGUCCUUCACCACCCAGCUGAAGGCAGGGAAAGGCCUGACCAUUGUCAGCUCUGUGCUUGAGGGCACCUACAUGACCCUGGGAGCUGAGGCCAAGAGCGCAGAGCAGAACGUUAAGUCGGCCAUGCACCUGGAGCGUACCAAAGGUUUCUGCCACGUGGUGGUGUCCUCUAACCUGCGGGAUGGUUUCUCCCACCUGAUCCAGUCGGCAGGGCUGGGGGGCAUGAAACACAACGCCGUUCUCAUGGCCUGGCCUGGGGGCUGGAAACAGGCUGAGGACUCCUACCCCUGGAAGAACUUCAUUGAGACAGUGAGAGAGACUACAUCAGCCCAUCAGGCCCUGUUGGUUGCAAAGAACAUUGACAAGUUCCCCUGCAACCAGGACCGUCUGGGGGAGGGCACCAUAGACGUGUGGUGGAUUGUUCAUGAUGGAGGUCUUCUCAUGCUGCUGCCUUUCUUACUGCGCCAACACAAGGUGUGGAGGAAGUGUAAGAUGCGUAUCUUCACAGUGGCUCAGAUGAAUGACAACAGUAUUCAGAUGAAGAAGGACCUGCAGAUGUUCCUGUAUCACCUCCGUCUCAACGCUGUAGUGGAGGUGGUGGAGAUGCACGAUAGUGACAUUGCAGCCUUCACCUAUGAGAAGACCCUGGUGAUGGAGCAGCGCUCUCAGAUGCUGAAACAGAUGCAGCUGUCCAGAACUGAGCGGGAGAGAGAGGCUCAGCUGAUCACUAAACUGGGCACUAAGUCCCAUGCCAACCUCAGUGACACAGCUACCGCCACUCCCGACCACCAUGUCCACAUGACCUGGACCAAAGACAAACUGAUCGCAGAGAGGAACCGUAAACGCGGCGAGCCGAACGUGGGCGUGAAGGACCUCUUCAAUAUGAAACCAGAGUGGGAGAGUCUGAACCAGUCUAACGUGAGGAGGAUGCACACCGCGGUCAAGUUGAAUGAGGUUGUGGUCAACAAAUCCCAGGGAGCUCAGCUGGUGCUGCUGAACAUGCCUGGACCGCCCAAAAACAAGGGUGGUGACGAGAAUUACAUGGAGUUUCUGGAGGUUCUUAUGGAUGGACUGGACCGUGUGCUGCUGGUACGUGGCGGAGGCAGGGAGGUGAUAACAAUCUAUUCCUAGCGCCAACAGACACGGGCGGGUAUGGUGCAGCCUCAGAGAAUCCGGCGAGGUCAUCCGGACAAAUGGCUGGGCUUCAGCCUCCACCACAGUGCCAGGAGAGGAGUGGGUCGCCCCUAUACUGUAGUAUGGGAGGACAGUAGGGGGCUGCCUCCACACGCGGAGCAGACUAAGCACACACUGCUGCUGACUGGAGGACAACAGAGGGCACUCUGGAUAAUCUUUCCAUUUCUUAUUGUCAGUCGUUAGGAAUAGGAAUUCUUUCAGUUGAACAAAGUGCAUAAGUAAUGAUAUUAGGAUGGAUAGAGAUGACCUCGGAUUACAUGGCUCAGGACUCUAAUGUAGUAUGGUCUAGCCUAGCUGACAUAGGAUGUAGCUUGUAAGUCCAGAUAGUAGACGGGUGUUUAAAUCCCAAGUUAGGCAGCCUACUGUGGUUGUGCUCUGGAGUGAGCCACUUGCCCUGUAGUGCACUACUUUUGACGAGAGCUCUUAUGGGCCCUGGUCAAAUGUAAUGCACUAUAUCGGGAAUAGGGUGCCAUUUGGCAGAACUGGCCUUAGGCAUAAGCGGUCGCGUUGGGCCCCACAGCCUCUUGUGAACAAAAAAGGAACUUAGUCUUUCUGUUAUACACAAGGUGAAAUUUGGUUGUGCGUCAUUAUUUCAGUCAUAGACCGUCAAUCGGUAAACAAUGUCAGCCCCAAAAAUUUUGAUUGGUAGUUAUUUUUGUCAAUAUAUAUUUUCUUUUAGGUGGUAGAUCAGCUUUAAUAUCGCAGAUAGAUUGUGCCUUCCAAACCUCCAUAUAUUUUUAUAUAUAUUACACAGUACCAGUGAAAGGUUUGGACACGCCUACUCAUUCCAGGGUUUUUCUUUAUAUUUUACUGUUUUCUACAUUGUAGAAUAAUAGUGAAGAUAUCAGAACUAUGAAAUAACACAUAUGGAAUCAUGUUGUAACCAACAAUGUGAUAAACAAUAUAUAUUUUAUAUUUGAGAUUCUUCAAAGUAGCCACCCUUUGCCUUAAUGAUAGCUUUGCACACUCUUGGCAUUCUCUUAACCAAUGAGGUAGUACCCUGGACUGAAUUUCAAUUAACAGGUGUGCCUUGUUAAGUUAUUUUGCGGAAUUUCUUUCCUUCGUCUUCGUGCGUUUGAGACCAUCAGUUAUGUUGUGACAAGGAAGGGGUUUUAUACAGAAGAUAGCCCUAUUUGGUAAAAGACCAAAUCCAUAUUAUGGCAAAAGCAGCUUAAAUAAGAAAAGAGAAACAACAGUCCACCAUUACUUUGUAAGACCAGAAGGUCAGUCAAUCCGGAAAAAUCAACAAGUGCUAUGAUGGAACUGGCUCUCAUGAGGACCGCCACAGGAAAGGAAGACCCAGAGUAACCUCUGCUGCAGAGGAUAAGUCAUUCGAGUUAACUGCACCUCAGAUUGCAGUCCAAAUAAAUGUUUCACAAAGUUCAAGUAACAAACAGACAUCUCAACAUUCAAAGUUUAGAGGAGACUGCGUAAAUCAGGCCUUCAUGGUCGAAUUGCUGCAUAGAAACUACUACUAAAGGAGACCAACAAGAAGAAGAGACUUGAUUUGGCCAAAAAACACGAGCAAUGGACGUUAGACCGGUUAAAGUCUGUACUUUGGUCUGAACUAAAGUCCAAAUUUUUGAUUUUUGUUUCCAACCGCCGUGUCUUUUGUGAGACGCGGAGUAGGUGAACGGAUGAUCUCUGCGUGUGUGGUUCCCACCGUGAAGCAUGGAGGAGGAGGUGUGGGGGUGCUUUGCUGGUGACACUGCAUUCUGCGGCGACACUCCAUCCCAUCUGGUUUGCGCUUAGUGGGACUAUCAUUUGUUUUUCAACAGGGCAAUGACCCAAAACACACCUCCAGGCUGUGUUUGCACUAUUUGACGAAUAAGAGUAUUGGAGUGCAGCAUCAGAUGACCUGGCCCCCACAAUCACCCAACCUCAGCCCAAUUGAGAUGUUGGACCGCUGAGUGAAGGAAAAGCAGUACUCUGCAUAUGUGGGAUCUCCUUCAAGAGAGAGCUGUUGAAAAAGCCUUCCUAAUAGUUUUGAUGUCUUCACUAUUGUUCUACAAUGUAGAAAAUAGUAACAAAAUAAAUAAAAACCCUUGAAUGAGUAGCUGUGUCCCAAACAUUUGUGUGUGUGUGUGUGUGUGUGAGAGAGAGAAGUCGUAAGUUUACAUACACCUUAGCCAAAUACAUUUAAACUCAGUUUUUCACAAUUCCUGACAUUCAAUCCUAGUAAAAAUUCCCUGUCUUAGGUCAGUUAGGAUCCCCACUUUAUUUAAAGAAUGUGAAAUGUCAGAAUAAUAGUCAAGAUAAUUAUUUAUUUCAGCUUUUAUUUCUUUCAUCACAUUCCCAGUGGGUCAGAAGUUUCCCUUCACUCAAUUAGUAUUUGGUAGCAUUGCCUUUAAAUUGUUGAACUUGGGUCAAACGUUUUAGGUAACCUUCCACAAGCUUCCCACAAUAAGUUGGGUGAAUUUUGGCCCAUUCCUCCUGACAGAGCUGGUGUAACUGAGUCAGGUUAGUGAGCCUCCUUGCUCGCACACGCUUUUUCAGUUCUGAGGUCAGGCCUUUGUGAUGGCCAUUGCAAUACCUUUAUUGUCCUUAAGCCAUUUUGCCACAACUUUGGAAGUAUGCUUGGGGUCAUUGUCCAUUUGGAAGACCCAUUUGCGACCAAGCUUCAACUUCCUGACUGAUGUCUUGAGAUGUUGCUUCAAUAUAUCCACAUAAUUUCCCUCCCUCAUAAUGCCAUCUAUUUUGUGAAUUGCAUCCGUCCCUCCUGCAGCAAAGCACCCCACAACAUGAUGCUGCCAGGUUUGUAGGCCUCCUUGCUCGCACACGCUUUUAACAUUCCUGUGCUUCACGGUUGGGAUGGUGUUCUUUGACUUGCAAGCCUCCCCCUAUUUCCUCCAAACAUAAUAAUGGUCAUUAUGGCCAAACUGUUUUAUUUCUGUUUCAUCAGCCCAGAGGACAUUUCUCCAAAAAGUACUAUCUUUGUCCCCAUGUGCAGUUGCAAACCGUAGUCUGGCUUUUUUUAUGGCGGUUUUGGAGCAGUGGCUUCUUCCUUGCUGAGCGGCCUUUUAGGUUAUGUUGAUAUAGGUACACCUCCAAUUGACUCAAAUGAUGUCAAUUAGCCUAUCAGAAGCUUCUAAAGCCAUGACAUCAUUUUCUGGAAUUUUCCAAGCUGUUUAAAGGCACAGUCAACUUAGUGUAUGUAAACUUCUGACCCACUGGAAUUGUGAUACAGUGAAUUAUAAGUGCUAUUAUCUGUCUGUAAACAAUUGUUGGAAAAAUGACUUGUGUCAUGCACCAAGUAGAGUUUCCUAACAGACUUGCCAUAACUAUAGUUUGUUAACAAGAAAUUUGUGGAGUGGUUGAAAAACAAGUUUUAAUGAGUUCAACUUAAGUGUAUGUAAACUUCCGACUUCAACCGUAUGUAUGGUAAUUGUUUUUUUUAUCCUUCAGCUACCCUCAAUCCCUCGCAUCUAUCUCUGAAGACCAUCCAGUUUCUAUUGGCCAUAUAUUUUGAACUGUGCGGUUUCACAAAUGUUAUGAACCUAUGUACAUUUUAUGGAAACAGUAUAUUUUACAUGAGUUAUCUUGUUACUUUUAGUCCCACCCUUCAAAAUGAUUUGCCAUUUAUUGUUCAACUGUGAUGUUUCACAAACGUUCUGAAAUGUUCUAUUAUCAUAGUUUCUACAAAUUGUAAAUUAAAGAUAAACAUUUUUGCUAAGAGUAUUAUUAUAUUAUUGAUCGAUUGACUAUGACUUUUCAAAUUAGCUAGCAGUGCUAUUUGUAGUUAGCUCCAGGUAAAUAUUGCAAUUCAAGAGCCAUCCCUGAACCUGCGACCAAAAACAAGUUACAUAUUGACAGUACCAAAACAAAUUAUCUAAUGAUUCUCUUUGCAGCAAAAUGUGCAGAGCUGGGACGGUUGUGUCCCCCAUAUAUAUAACGUUCUGUUGGUUGCAAGAUUUGGGUAUAAUAAUAUUAAUUGAAAAAAGUUUUGAACGUUUUGUGUAUCAGUUCAUAAACCAUGUGCCAUGAAAUUGGUACAUCAAAAAUAUCUUCCCGACUACUUUGCAAUCUGUAUGGCACAGCUGUCCAUUUUUGCGAUCUUAAAUUAAACUGGUAUACUUUUUUAUUUAUCACAAUUUUCUUUAACCAAUUUUGGUCUUUAAUGCAGGGCUGACAGAGAAGUUCCUUACAUUCUCCCCUUUCCACAUGCCGCUUCCAUUUUUGCGGUAAUGCUGCAAUUAGUUGGUUGUACAGCAGACAUUUCCAUAUAUUUUUGUUAGCUGCAUGUGUGACUCCACCAGUCCUAUUUAUGAUAUUAUUUUUUUAAAUGUUUUAUUAAUCAGUAUAUUUGAGUUUAACCAACAUAUUUGUUAUAUUUGUUCUGUCUUUUCUGGUGGAUUAAACUGAAAUUGCAUCCAACUUUCUACGGCUCGUUUUAAAAAUAGUGACUUUUUUUCCCGAGAUUCCAUUUUCAAAUAACUGAAAAUUAAAGGUUGUAAUGUGAAUAAAGCCAUUCUUGAACA